GCCUCCCCAAACCAGCAUAUCAAAUCACAUACAUAGUACUAUUUCCUUUACUUUAGAUUCAGUUUCAUCUCAUUAUCUAGUAUCACAUCUAUUUGGAGGCCCAUUCUUACGCACAUUUAAACAUGGCAGCCUCAAUCGCCCCCGAAUGCAACGAGAUCAAAGAGAAAUACGACACCUGCUUCCUGAAGUGGUACAGUGAGAAAUAUCUCCGCGGCAACACCACCUCCAAUGACUGCGAGGAGCUCUUCACCAAGUACAAGACCUGCUUAAAUGUAUGUGCUUCCAUGCUUCUCUCUCGCGCGGUCACUAUCGCUGUCGCUGUGUCACGAACAGCGCUUUAUUGGCGCUCCUCGAAUAACCCCGCUAACAUCUACCAUCAGGUCGUCCUCAAAGAGAAGGGCAUCGAUUCCAUGCUCGAGGACGCCCGGAAGAGCACGACCAAGGAAUUCGACGCCGAGACUCUUCGGCGAGGUUGAGGUCUCCGCGCAUCUCAUGCCAAUUCCUUUCUUCUUCGACUCCGUGGAUCUAAAUCACCUUGCUCUCUCUUCCUGGGAAAC